AUGCCAAUCGAGUGGCCAAAGGACGUGUCCCAGUCUGAGAUGGACGACGAUACGUCGUCGCUCGGCUCGUACCUCUCGUCGUCGGAUGAGUCGGAUGACAGCGUGGACCAGUCCGCCCUCAUCCAGGAGGAGUGGGAGGAGAGCAUGCGGCAGAUCGAGGCCGUACUAAGUGUCAUCAUCUUGCCAUUCUUCGGCAAGUGGUGGGGAAGGCGGUUCGCGUUUUGGGCGUUCGACCGUUACAAGAUCUUUGGGUUGACGCCAGCUCUCAUUGGCAUGUCGCGGUAG